ACAAUAUAGAUUAUGCAUAUAUAUAUUGUUUUGAUUCUAUAAAAGCUUUGUACGGUUCGGGAAUGUUCUAUUCCCUUCGAGUCACAGUAGAGAUUUCGUUAUAAGGUUUUGUGAAAUGAUGCCCAAUUACGUUGAAGAGAGAAGCAUUGUUAUGGCUACUGAAAUUAUUAAUACUUUUGCUCAGGGAUCUACUGCGCCAACGAUGAACCACACUGGGUCACAGUUUUCUCCAGAUGCAGCUCCUUUCCAAUCUCUAAACAAUUCUGGAUAUAUGAAUAAAAUGGAACCACAGAUAGCGGAUCAAGAUCCAAUUCCAUCCACUUCCUCUGGUGGUCUUAUUGGGUUUAUUAAUGAUUUUUCAAAAAUAAAUGUAAACGAGCAACCAGAAAAUCAAAUUAAAACCGACUUGGAAGACAAGAGUGGUGCCGAUUCAACCGCGGGUUUGAAUGUAAUUUCUGACGAUUCUGAUAUAUUCUCAUUUCUUAACACAGACAAUUUAGAUCUGGUUGAACAAUGUUUGUCAACAGCUAACUACUACGUAUCAAUGCUGACACGCGAUCAGCGAAAUGUCCUAAGGUCCAUUCGUCCUAAUAUUUUGUACGCAUUCCUGGUGGAGGUGGCUAAGAUAAGAAAUGAGAAACAACGACUACAACGCCAGGUAAUAGAUGAAUGUGCUUUUUGCAAGAACAAUGGUGAAAAUGAAGAGUUCUACCUGUCUCAUGUAUUGAAGGACAGCCGUGGUCGUGUGCUGUGCCCAGUCCUCCGCGCUUUCCGCUGCCCACGCUGUGGUGCCACCGGGGAUAGGGCGCACACCAUCAAAUAUUGCCAUCAAAGAUCAACUGAUGGUUUCGACCGCAAUGGAUACUUUCCACGCCGUCGUGGUCAUUCGCCGCCACCGAGUGUGACACUGGGCUUCAGCAGAAUAGCUGAAGCACGCAGAAUGGUCGGAGUGAACACUGAAGAGCCUCUGUAUUCCCCGGAAAACUCUGAUAACUGGUUUGCCAAUAAUGGCAUACAGUAAAUGAACAAUGUUUUCAAUCAUAGUAUAAUUACUUUGACAGUUUGAAGUAUUGCUAUGACAUUGACUUAGCGAUGGUCUGUUUUUACUUUACACGUAUAUGUUUAUAUAUUGAUGACUUGAACACUUGGUGUAUAUUUAGUAAUAAGUCAUGUUUUGUCUUGAUUAAUGCAAAAGGUUGGUUUUACUACGUCCAGUAGAAUUUUCAACGAUGGCAAACGGCGUAUUUCAAUCGUUCCAAAGUUGUAUGCAGGCCAUACUAUUUUCGAUGACGAGUCAUAGCCGAGUCGAGAUAAACUAGCUUUUCAUUGGGUAUUUGAAAUAAUUGUUAAUUAAAUUUUAAAAUGAAUAUAAUCUCUAUU